GCAGCGAGCAGUGGCGAGCGGCGCGGCGGCGGCGCCGGCGGUGAGGCGGCGACGGAGCACCCGCGCCCGCGCGCCGAUUCAGCGCGGGAGUGUUCGUGUGCCGGUUCGGGCUCAACAACGAGCGCCGCACCUCAUUGCAGCCGGCUCCCUCGUAUAAAGCGGAGGUCCGCGCCGCCCGCGCGCAGUCACGACCCGACCACGCUCCGUGCACUCCGACCUCCGCACGUGCAUAUCUAUCCUUACUUACGUACGAUAUAGUGACUACAGUGACAAUGGCAGAACACGAAUGGGGAUAUACAGGCGAGAAUGGGCCCUCGACGUGGACAGAGAAGUUCCCGGAGGCGCGGGGCGCGCGACAGAGCCCCGUGGACAUCGACACCUCGCUGGCCAGUAGCGGCGGCAGCGCUCCGCCCCUGGCCUGGCGGUACUCCGUCAACCAUACGCGCUCCGUCCUCAAUCCGGGGUACUGCUGGAGGGUGGAUGAGAAUGGAUACGAUUCAGAACUCCGCGGCGGCCCGCUCGGCAAUGACGUUUACAAGCUGGAGCAGUGGCACUGCCACUGGGGUGCCAAAAACGGCGUGGGCUCGGAGCACACGGUGGACGGCCGCUCCUUCUCCGGCGAGCUGCAUCUCGUACACUGGAACACCACCAAGUACAACAGCUUCACCGAGGCCGCUGGACAGGCUGACGGACUCGCAGUACUUGGCGUGCUCUUGAUGGUCGGCAGAAAGCACACUGAACUCGACAAGGUGGUGCGCCUCCUCCCCUUCAUCCGACACAAGGGCGACAAGGUGACGAUGUCGGACCCGCUGGACCCGGCGCAGCUGCUUCCGGCGCGCGCCGCCUACUGGACGUACCCCGGCUCGCUCACCACGCCGCCGUGCACCGAGUGUGUCACAUGGAUCCUAUUUAAGGAACCCGUUGAGGUCUCCGCUGAACAGUUGGCUCUGAUGAGGAAAUUACGGUGCGGCGAGGCCUCGUGCGGAGAAGAAUCCAUGGAGUUACUCCACAACUUCAGGCCGACGCUGCCGCUGGGCAACCGCGAGCUGCGCGACUACGGCGGCAACUAGCACCGGGCCCCGAGCCGCCCCACUGUCCCCACUGACAGCUAGCGCUGCAACUCACGAGCUUCGUCUAUAGUUGCCGCGGUACCAAUGGACGACCGCAGACAUAUAAUGCCAUUUCUUUCACUCUUGGAUUAUCGUGUGCAAGUGCGAAAGAACAUUAAGUUACAACGUCGAACGGCAGCUAAUACCGCGGUGGUUGGUAGAUCCCAGCAGUGCCAUGCCCGCGAGAUGCGGGAUGCACUAACGUUCCUAGUUGCACACAAGUAUUUUAUACCGUUGUAUUAUUAUAGUCGCCUCAGGUACUUACAGGGUGUUUUGUCCGCUCGGUGACGACGGAUUAUGUGAGCGGGUCGAAGGUUAAAACGAUAAGUGGAAAUCAUAUUAUGAACAUUCAAGUGCCUUAGGCUAUCAGUUGUAAUCUUAACAAAAUAAUUGUAAGACAUUUUAGAAUUCUCAUUUUAUGUAAGAUUGAUUUGUUUGUAAUUUAUCUUCCUUAGAAGGAAAACGCUUGGUUAGCGCAAUUAACCGGUAUAGUUAUUCUAUAAAUUCUAAUAUUUUAUGUAUUUAGUAUACCCUUACCUAAGUGUAUAGUCAAAUGGGGUAACAAGGGUACAAAACGAUAAGGGGUAGAUAAAGGGAAACAACUAUAGGAGGAAAUACCUAGGUACUUCAUAAUUAUAUGAAUGCAGUUAACUGCGCUGUACUGUUUUCUAUCUUUGAAUCGUUGUUAUAUUUGUUAUGGUAAAUUUUCAGCGACUUACAUUUAUUCAUAGUGAAAAACUGUUGUCUGAUAGUGUUGUCGUCCUUCUUCGCAAUUACCCCACUUGACGGUACUCGCAAAGUAGGUAUACAAUGUUAUCGUUGCCUACUUUAUUAACCUGAUGAACACUAGAGCUUUUAUCACGUUUGCAAUGUCAGAUCGACUGUCACAGAGUCUCAUUAGAUUGAUUGACUAUAAUUGUAAUGAUAUGGUAGCUACAAAUUUACUAGGAUUUACAACUUUAUAGUUAAAAAAAAAAAUGAUGUUAUUUUUGUAUACAAAUUUGAAGUAGGUACUGAUGUUAUAUAAUAUGCCUACUAGUCCAUAUUUUGAACGCUGUUAACCAUUAUUACUUAUGUAUUAGUGCUAGUAGUAGUUUUACAAUGUUGUAAGUGAUAUAUACGUGCAUUAAUUGUUAUAUGUGUAAUUGUGUAGCUAUAGUAGUAGGUAUGCUAGAACCGCGCCUCGAUAAUUGUGCCGCAGUUAUGUUAACUGUGACGCUAGUGAGUUUACAAUAGACUUGCUCUUCAGAGAUGUGCUUGUAAUAAGUAAUUUACAAAAAAAAAUGAAAAUAUAUAUGUUACACUUAA